ACCUGCCACCUCCCUCACCCUCCUCAAGCAGCCUCUCACAAUGCCGAACUCCUUCGGAUACCGCGCGCGCACGCGUGACCUGUUCAAGCGCGACUUCCGCAAGCACGGCCCCAUCAAGCUGAGCACGUACCUGCGCCCCUACCAUGUCGGAGACAUUGUCGACAUCAAGGCCAACGCCGCCGAGCAGAAGGGCAUGCCGCACAAGUACUACCACGGCCGCACCGGCGUCGUGUUCGGCGUGCAGCCGCGUGCCGUGCAGGUGCUCAUCUACAAGACGGUCGGCAACCGCAAGAUUGAGAAGCGCGUCAACCUGCGUGUCGAGCACGUCAAGCACAGCAAGUGCCGCGACGAGUUCCUGAACCGCGUCAAGGAGAACGCGGCCAAGAAGAUUGCGGCGAAGGAGAAGGGCGAGAAGGUGAACCUGAAGCGCCAGCCGGCACAGCCGCGCGAGGCACGCACCAUCUCGACCAAGGAGAACGCACCGGAGACGCUGGCGCCCAUUGCCUACGACACGUACAUCUAAUGGUUGUCGCCGCC